AUGGGAAGGGCGGCCAGUUUCGCAACCUCGCCCAAGUCUCAUCAGUUUUUCCAACGGGACUCGACACCGGGUCGUGAUUCACCAAUUAAUUAUGUAUACUUGCCGGCACUAUGGCAACUAAAAAGAGUGACCCCUUCCUCCGAGCAGACGAAAAUCUGCGCCGAGGGCAAGUUCAAGCCACUCCCCGGCGAUGGUCUCUGUCAAGUCUGCCCACGGAACUCCCGCAGCAGUUACACCCCCCUGGCUGAGUACCAACGCCGGGAACGUCACUACGCCAGACCGUCUGAAGUCUUAACUGUCACCGGCGUCAGUUUCGAGGCCAGUCGAGCCGCCGGAGACGUCUCGGACCCUCGGCCAAGCCAGGCCCAGCUGGCCGACGCGAUGUCCACCGACCCUGUUGGUCCAUCAAGAGACCUCACCUCCGCCACGGCCUCGGCGUCGACGUCCGAACAGACCGUCGAACUGCUUUUGCCUCGGUCCGUAGGCCCGGUAGCCUGCGCCUGUCUGCCCGGCUUCUACAGAAACCCCCGGGUCGAUCUGGAGACUGAUGCCUGUACAGGUGUGCAUUUUGAGACCACUUGUGAUUCUUAUUAUCCCACUUAUGUAACGGAUUAUUGGGCCCCAUUCUGGACAUAG